CGUAGAAAUACUCUUUCUUCAUUCUUAUCUCCCAAACCUUUUGCAGUCUGAACUGAAAUCAAAAUUUUCACAGUAAACCAUCAUCUUCGGGUCUCCUUGACUUGGAAUUCCCCCUCAAAAUCCUACACUUCCUUCCCCUCUCUGAGUCAACUUAUCUUUGUUGCAGACAGGUGAACGCUGCAUUCUGUUGCUGAUUCCUUGACGGCUAGGCCGGAGCGAACUCUAGGAGCUUUCGAGAGAUUUUUCAACUCUAACCUCUAUUCUCUGAAUUUUGUCACUGGAAUGUCGCAGAUCUUGGAAACUAUUCGGUUGUAAGGACUGAACUUGGGGUUUUUGAGGAACGGGACUUAUUUUCUCCAGCUCAUAUGAUUUGCGCCCUGAUUUUUGAUGGCAUUUAGCGUCAGGAAAUCUUACCCAUCCAAUGACCGUAUAUUAUUUCCGUUUUGCCUUUUUUUAUUAUAGCUGUGAUUCAUGAAACUAUGUAACUUAUAGGAGUAGGGAACCCAGGCAGUUUUGAACUCUUUUUGGACUGAGCUUUGGGUGAAAGGACUGUGGUCUCUCAGGUUUAGGGUUUGCCUGUGGUUUGUCAUGGCUAUUUAGGGUUCAUCAUCCUCCAUUUGCUCAAUUAUGGCCGAACGUGAUUAUUGCUUUGUGGAAUGGAAAGAAAAGUUUGUUUCAAAAGAGAGGGGCAAUCGUGUGGUUCAUUAUUUCUUGAAGGACAGUUCUGGGGAUUCUGUGCUUGCUAUUGUCGGCACUGAGAGAAGUGUCCGGCACAUGUUCUAUGUUGUUUCAGAAGAGUUCUUGAAAGACAGUUCUGGGGAUUCUGUGCUUGCUAUUGUCGGCACUGAGAGAAGUGUCCGGCACAUGUUCUAUGUUGUUUCAGAAGAGUUCUUGAAAGUACAUGGUGCUGAGGCUUCAAUUCAAGCUGGCUUCAGAUGGAGAUCCAGGAGAGAGGUUGUCAACUGGCUCACAUCUAUGCUAUCCAAGCAGAAUAGGCAGAGUUAUUAUUGCUCAAAAUUGCUAAAAAAUGAUCCGGCAUCCAGAGUCAAUUUUGAGCGAAGCGAGGUGACAGAUGAUAAGGGACGUCUAGCCAGGAUUUUGAAUGGACCAUCUCCGGAUAUAGUUUGGUCAGGUGAACCAUGGACAUGUGGUAAACAGCUAAAGCAUUACCCAGGAUUUCGCAGGAAUGGGAUUGCAAUCACAACACAUUCAUUUGUCUUUGUGAUGGCUGAAAAGGAGAAUCACUACCUCGCGUAUCUGGAGGAUAUGUAUGAGGAUAGGAAAGGCCAGAAAAAGGUUAAAGUCAGAUGGUUCCACUUUAAUCAGGAAGUCAGAGGCAUUGUCACCUUGCGGAAUCUGAAUCCCAGAGAAGUAUUUAUGACACCUUGCGCUCAAAUCAUCAGUGCAGAGUGUGUUGAUGGCCCUGCGAUUGUACUGACUAGAGCACAUUAUCAUAAAUGUGCAGCAGUUUUUCCAAGCGACUUGCUAUCAAGAGUACACUUUUGCUUUAGGCAGUUUAAGAACAAGAGAGUGAAGCCUUUUGAGCUGGAUAAAUUGCGCGGAUAUUUUAAUCAACCAAUUUUCUCAUGUUUCAGCCCUGAUUUUUUUGAAGAUGAAGAGUUUACUUUGAGAGAUGAAAUUAAAGUUGGAUCUAAAAGGCACAUAAUUUAUGAAGAGCAUGAGAUGGAGGCAUUGGAAAAAUCAUACCCAACGUUGAAAAGUAGUUUCUUCGGCGGUAGAGGAUUGAACUCCCACAAGCAAGUUGAAUGCCACCUUUGGCAUAUGCUGAACUUUAAGGUUGAUGAAAAGAUUGAAUUUUUAUGCCAAGAUAGCGGAAUGCGAGGCUGCUGGUUCCGAUGCACGGUCCUGGAGAUAUCCAGAAGACAAUUAAAAAUCCGAUAUGACGACUUAAAGGAUGAAGAUGGUCGCGGUAGCCUUGAGGAGUGGGUCCCGUUAUCUAGAGUUGCCAGGCCGGAUAGACUUGGAAUUCGAAAUCGAUUCCGCCCAACAGUUAGACCGGCUCGACCUUGUGAAAAAGAAGGCGACCAUAUCUUUGAGUCUGGUGUUUCAGUUGAUGCUUGGUGGAGUGAUGGAUGGUGGGAAGGUGUUGUUACUGACACCAGUAACUAUGUGGUUGAAGGCUAUCAAGUUUAUAUUCCCAGUGAAGAUCUAUUCCUGAGUGUAGACACUAAGAACAUAAGAAUUUCAAAGGACUGGGUUGGAGAUCGGUGGGUUGAUAUUGAGACAAAUCGUGAUAUUGUUUCAGUCAUCACUGGUAAUGCCGCAAAAGAGACAAAGCUCUCUGAGUCUACUCUGAAGGAUGCAAAUGAAACACCUGAUUUUGAUGAAGCGAAGCACACAACAAUGGAGGAUGGAGAUGCUCUCCCAAAAACAAUAAUGCCAACAGAUUGCGGCAUAUCAGAAGAUUUAGGCCUGGUCAACGACUACAACCAAGAAACUGUAGAUGAUAGGGGAGGAGUGAUGAGUACAAAGCCAGAAGAAGCCAGCAUUGCUGAUAAACUUGAUGGCAAUGAUGGAUAUUGAUAAUGUGGUUGACGAAGAAGAUAAAACAGGGGAACAUGGAAAUGGCGUAGUUCUUGUUCAGAAAAUCACAGCAGUAGUUGGAACCCAUGCAAGUGUUCAGAAGUGUUGUUGUAUAUAUAGAGAAGACCGAGGAAGGCAAGAGUCUGCAAUCCUGGUUUUUUUUUAAAAUUCUUUUUGGAACUCAAACAAUUACGAGCCAUUUUAGUUGUAUAGCUAUUUGUCUUGAGCUAGAUUAUUGAUAGGAAAAUGAAGAACAUAGAACCAU